UCUAGACUUCCCUUCGGCUCAACAACAUCCGCCUACGUCACUUCCGCUCACUGCCUGCCAAACAUGGCGCUGCUCUUAAGGACGUUGGCCCGUCAGGGUGUCUGUCUCUCCAAACCAGAGUACAGUGUCCUCUUCAGACAUGCUGCUCCAAUGGGGACCACAGCGAAGGAGGAGAUGAACAAGUUUUGGAACAAAAAUGCCAGACUAAACCGACCCAUGUCUCCCCACAUCACCAUCUACAAAUGGUCCGUCCCCAUGAUGAUGUCCAUCACACACAGAGGAACAGGAGUGGGGCUCAGUGGAGCUAUCUCAGCCUUCGCGGUGGCGGCGCUGGUAUUACCGGGGAACUACCCGUACUACCUGGACUUGAUAAACUCGCUGUCCUUCGGCCCCUUUCUCAUUGGCCUGGCCAAGUUCGGCCUGGCCUUCCCCGUGUCGUACCACACCUACAACGGCGUCCGCCACUUGUACUGGGAUAUCGGAAAAGGCUUCAGAAUUCCAGAGGUCUACCGCACCGGCUACACGGUUAUCGGUCUGUCCGUCAUCACCUCCAUAGCCCUCGCUUUGCUCUGAGCGCCGGAUCAGAAGCGACGGGCAGGAAGGAAAAAAAAAAGAGCGGAGGGGAGUUGAAGGGAACGAGGGCCGGAUGCACCCUUGGAGCUUUGUGUAUAUGUUCUGUUCUGGCCGACUGCAGGCCCUGUGUUCAUCAAACCAUUAAAUAAAUUAUAUUACGGUGUACACAGAAA